GUCACGGGCGCCCCCUGGCGGCGACGCGCGCUCCCCGUUGGUCACAUGACCGGGCGGGCGGAAGAUGGCGGAGCCGCCGGGCGCCGCCGCCGCCGACGACUCGUGGGGGAAGGUGGGGUUUGCUCUCCGUGACAACGCGGUUCUGCUCGCUGGGGAAUCCGGCACAUGCCGGACUUCAGGUCUGCCCUGCACCGAGGGGGUGAGCGUGGCUGGGCAGGAUUCCUGUUCUGACGAGGAGGAGGAGGAGGAAGACGAUGAGGACAGUGACUGCGCUCAGGAGUCCCCCAAGGAGACCUACAAGGACCAGCGCCGCCGGGCGCACACCCAGGCCGAGCAGAAACGCCGGGAUGCCAUCAAGAAAGGCUACAACGACCUGCAGGCCAUCGUCCCCACCUGUGAGCAGCAGGAUUUCUCCAUCAGCUCGCAGAAGCUGAGCAAGGCCAUUGUGCUGCAGAAAACUAUUGACUACAUCCAGUUCUUGCACAAGGAGAAGAAAAAGCAGGAGGAGGAAGUUUCUACCCUCAGGAAAGAUGUGAUGGCCUUGAAGAUCAUGAAAGUGAACUAUGAGCAGAUUGUGAAAGCUCAUCAGAACAACCCGAACGAGGGGAAGAACCAGAUCUCUGACGAGGUGAAGUUCAAUGUUUUCCAAGGCAUCAUGGACUCCCUGUUCCAGUCCUUCAACGCCUCAGUCUCUGUAACGAGUUUUCAGGAGCUCUCAGCGUGUGUCUUCAGCUGGAUUGAGGAGCACUGCAAGCCCCAGACGCUGCGGGACAUUGUCAUCGGGGUCCUGCACAAGGUGAAGAGCCAGCUCUACUGAGCCUCCCGUGCCACUUCUGUGCCCGUGGGGAUGGGGCACUUCUGCCAGAGGCCAGGGUGCCAGGCACCACCCUGGGCCCUCUCCCUUGUGGCUGUUUUUAAGGUUCUCUGAAUUAUUUAUUGUAUUCCUUCUGAAGCCCAACAGUUGCUGUGCAAACACUGCUGCUCCACUCGGUGCCACCAAAUCUUUACAGGGACUGGGCAGGAGGGGAGGGGAAGGUGGCAGGCAGAGUCUCUGGCUCAGGCAGUGCCAUGGGUUUGCCUGUGCCACUGACUCUCCUUGCAGAGCCGAUCCCAGAGCAGCUCCACUCUGUGCCCUCAGGCCUGUGACAGCCCUGCUGUCCCCAAGGUGGGCAAAUGUGACAAAUGCAUACUAAAAACAAUGGGUUUCUGGUGUAGCAGCAGGAAUUGCUUUUCCCUGACCCUCUGGGCUGUGCCCUGCCCCUCUGAAGCAGCUGUUUUGAGUCAGCUGUUGCAUUUUGGAGGAGCCUGGCAGUGCUGGCAGCAGGAUAAGCAUCAAGAGCUGGGAGCUGUGGCCCUGGCAGCACAUGCUGGGGCCUUGAUGAAUCCCAAACAUGCUGCAGCCCUGGGAAGGAUCAGAGGAAGUUCCUGCAAAUGCUAGAACACCUCUCCUUUUCAGAAGCUGUGGCUGUACUGCACAGGAAAGUUCUGCAGCUGUAGCACAGCAUGGCCAUGUGCACUUGCUGCUCCUCCUUAGAAUUUUUAUACACACACAUACAUGACCAGCCUCGAUUGGAUUUUUAUUAUUGUAAAUUUUGAAAUGGUCCCAGAGUGCUGCCUGUGCCAGCUGUAGAAGCAGCUGCUAUCAGGGACAUGUUUGACCCUGUCCCAUGCCCAGUUUGGGUCACAGCUCUGCCUGGGUGAGGGCUGGGCACUGUCCAGAGUGAGGGGACCAGGGUGCUGCCAGCAGCAGGGUUUGUUCUCCAUAACCAUGUUUGUGCUCCUGCUCCAGGGGCACAUCCAGGGAAUGUUUAUUUCAGGCAGUUUUUCCAGCACUGAGGAGAGAGUGCUGCCUCCUGCCUUGGGAAGAAGACGUGGAAUUUUACAGACCUCACACGUGAAAGUGAUGUAUUUUUCUAUUGUGAAAAGUAAUUAAAUAAAUUUCACUGAAUGUUUUAACGAUUUUACUGAUGCUGAGUUCCUGGAGCUGUGCUCUAGAGCUGGUGUGUUCCAGAAGCCCAUUCCAGCCCCCGUGGCUCAGGUUACCCUCUCCUGGCUCCUGCCCUCCCCACUCCUCAGGACCUAAACCCUUCCCUGACACCCUCUGAGGAGACAAACACCACAGGGAUGUGCAGCUGAACC